GCAAUAGAUGGAACCUGCGAUUGCAACGACUGUCAACGGUGGAGAGACAUGCGCCAUGGAGACGGAGGACAUUCUGAAGGGUUUUGCAGAUGUCAGCAAGGAAGGGAAUUCGGCUGGAGGGAACAACGCAGACUGUGCAAAGGUGCUUGCGACAAUAUGUGCACAGACUGCAGAGAUGAUGGGUGAUGGUGAUGAAACAGAGAAUGGUGCAGGAGGGAGCACUUGUGAGACGGAAACGGUUGGGGAAGAGAGAGAGGAGGGAGGUAUGGGAAGCAGAGAAUCUCUGACAAGGUGUAUUGUGAAAGAUGAAAAUGUGUUGAAGACAUCAGCAGGAGAAGAGUACCCAUAUGACAUCAAUUAGGUGUCGGGUCGUGUUCAAUCGGGUAUUGUUGGAGGAGCACCUUGCUUUGCGUUCAAAGUCGAAGGGACAUGGGUUCCAUUUCCUGCCCCCAAAAUGAAUACAUGGCGAAACA